UGGAGGGAGGAGGGAGGGACACGCGCGGCAGGCGAAGAUGGCGGAGCUGCAGCAGCUGCUGGAGGAGGAGGUCCCCGCGGCGCGGGCCGCGCUCCUGGAGAGCCACGGCAACCUGCAGCGAGUCGCCGACUACUGCGAGGGCAACUACGUGACGGCCCCAGAUAAGCGGCAAGCGCUUGAGGAGACCAAGGCGUACACUACUCAGUCCCUGGCCAGCGUCGCCUACCAGAUCAACACGCUCGCCAACAAUGUGCUCCAGAUGCUGGACAUCCAGGCUUCACAGCUCGGCAAGAUGGAGUCGGCAAUCAACCACAUCUCACAGACGGUGGGCAUCCACAAAGAAAAGGUGGCCCGGCGUGAGAUCGGCAUUCUGACCACCAACAAGAACACAACACGCACACACAAGAUCCUGGCACCCGUCAACCCCGAGCGACCUGUGCGCUAUGUGCGCAAGCCACUGGACUUCAACGUGUUGGAUGACAUCGGCCACGGCAUGAAGGGAAACAACCCCAACGGAAGGACCAGCAGUAUUUCCCGGAGCACACCGCCCACUCAAAAACCUCCCAGCCCUCCUUCAGUCAGCAGAGGAACCAUUGGGACUCUGGGACGCAAGGGAAGGAGCUCUCCCUACCGGACUCUGGAGCCGGUUCGGCCGCCAGCUCUGCCUAACGAUUACACAGCCAGCCCGGGUUGGGGGCCUCCAGCUUCUCAGCAGCAGCACCUACAGAGCCCUGCACGUACUGCUUCCCUCAACCAAAGGGCUCGAACAUACAGUGGCAGCAGUGGAGGCAGCCGGAGCGGAGGCAGCCGGGAGAAUAGUGGCAGCGGCAGCGUGGGCAUUCCCAUCCCUGUGCCCCCACCCUCCAUACCAAGUGUCUUCAGCCAAGGUCCACCUACUUCCUCUUACCCGCCACCACCUUCCCCCAUGCCUGCUGACGUUUACAACAAUUCUUUUCCCCCUCCAGCCCCACCACUUUCAGCAUCCAUUGGUGUGCCAGCCCCACCUCCUCCCCCUCCCAUGUUUGCUGGGCCCGGUUCCCAAUACAACUCCAUGCCAAGGCAGAUGACGCGGAAUAACUCGGCCACGUCCAUCAGCUCAGGAGGCUCGCGCCGUCCCCCAUCCGUUACCUCCCAGUCCUCACAACUCAAUGGCGGCCCCUUCUACAGCCACAACCCCAUGUCACAUGCGCCACCCCCUCCGCCAAUGCCCCAGCUCACCCCACAGAUUCCCCUCACGGGCUUUGUGGCCCGCAUGCAGGAGAACAUUGCAGACAGCCCAACACAAGCAUUGCCUCCGCCCCCGGAUGAUCUGGUGGGCUUUGGCUCUGGGGGCGAUGACUCGCUACUGCCUCCACCACCCCCCAUCGACUACGACGAAGAAGCCUCUGUGGUGCAAUACUCGGACCCCUAUGCAGACGGGGAUCCCGAAUGGGCACCCAAAAUCUACAUUGAGAAGGUGGUGGCAGUGUAUGACUACGUCCAGGACAAGGAUGAUGAGCUGAGCUUUCACGAGGGCUCCAUUAUCUAUGUGGUCAGGAAAAACGAUGACGGCUGGUACGAGGGUGCCACCAAUGGCCACACAGGGCUCUUCCCCGGCAACUACGUGGAGCCCAUAAUGCACUACGCUGACUAGCACGUUGGUCCUCCUAUCUGCUGUGCGCCAAGACAACACCUCGGCAUUCCCACCGAUGCGCAGGCGGUGCUGGAAUUUCUAAAUGUGGUUAGAGACCAUCUACAUCAAUAAAGGUCAAUUCAGCAUCUCUUACACAGUAAAAGAGCACAAAUGGUAAUGGAGGUCCAAAGUUUGCAUUUUUGUUAAUUAAUGCGUUUAACAGAAUCUACCACUAGAUGUAAGACAUGUUCUUGGUAGUUUAAAUGCCUACAACGUACAUGCAAGCAGCUUAAAUUGUUUUAUACUAGAAAGGGUGGCUUGGUAUCUUAUCUGGUGUGGAAGUUUUACUGUUGAAUGUGAGAUUUGUGAAUAUUCUAUCCAACUGUUCCAGUGCACUGUGUCAGUAUUGACAUAUGCUAAAACCUGUGGUUAAUCAGACAGGGUCUGAAUUAUUAGUUUUUAACAUCAAACAGCUUUAUACUGUAUUGGGUUGGGGCAUUUUUUUAUACUGCCACUUCUGAAAGUCAACAUGAGAUAUGUGUUCUUAAUCUAUUGGCUGAAACAGCCACAGACAUGCUUACACUGGUGCCAUUAGCAAUACAUAAUUUUGGUAAAAAUGUAUUGGUGGGUUUUUAAUUAACAGGGUGCAAACUAAACCAAAGCCGAGUUUAUUUGUAAAUGUAUUCUUAAGUGCUAAAAAUAUUGGCAUGUGUAUGACAUUUAGCUUACAUGGCUUUAUAAGUAAAAUGGAGAACUCAUUUGAACAGUGAAAUUGUAGAUUUGAAGCUUUCGUGACUGCAGGAAUCCAUACUCUUUGGUUCUUUUUUAUACCUACGUGACUUUACCGAAAGAACCAAAGAGUAGUGAAAUUGUAUUAUUGUAAUAAUUUUUAACUCAUCGUGUGCAGGUCAAACCCAACCGAUGUGCUUGUCUGUGGCCUUAUAUCAUUAGCCUCACUGCAAAACCACUUAGCAAGGCACAAUACAAAUGGAAUUUUAAAUAAUGGGAUUUAUUCCUCUGGGGCAUUGAGGAUUAAAUUAAAUUCAAAUGUAUUGGUUGUGAAAUGUAUGGAAGACAAAUUGUUACUCUUGUUUUAACAUGCUAACUGAUGUGGCAAGAAUACUACUUAAUAUAGUGGGAUCAGUAAUGUUUUGCUAUUUUCUAACAACUAGGUGAUUAAACUGGUAAGUGUUAUUCACAAUAACAUUCUUAGGACACUUAAAAUUAUAAACUGGAUUUAGUGGCAGCUGAGCUGUUUAGGCAGUUCCAUGUAUUUGUAUUGCAAUCAGUUACGUUGGAGGCACAUUGCUUUUAAUUCCUGUUCUUUAACAUUGGCAAUGCAGGCAGUACACACCUCGCAUUCUCUCCAGCAGUCAGUGGGUGGAAAAAGUGCAUCUUUCAGGCAAAAGAAAACGUGCAUUUCAAACAAACUCAAGACAAUUUAUCAUUGUCAUCGAGAUUGACUGAAGUGUUCUUUAUGCCUUAAUUACCAUAUACUCUAAGAGUCUAGAGCAGGGGUCUGCAACCAAAAUAACAAGUAAUUUUUUUCCGUUUAGGUAAAAAAACCUCUUUCAAGAACCACAAUGCGUGUGAAUACUUAGACGGUCCUUAAAGAGCGGCAUGUGGUUUCAGAGCCACGGUUUGCCGAACCCUGGUCUAGAGCCUACAUUGCUGGUGGAUUUGUGUACAGUCCAUGUAUGGAGUGUUGUGGUCUGAGCAGGAUACCGGAUUUGAACCAUAUGCUACUUUCAUGAAAAAGCAUUUCGGUUGUGUUUUUUUUUUAUGUUGUAUUCAUCAAGAGAAUCCAGAUUAUAAUUUUUAGUACACUUAACAUUUUUUUGUAAUGAGUUUCAGAAUCAUUACAGUUUGUAAUUAAUACAAUCAGUUAUGGAUAUGUUCCAGUGUGUUUUGUAAAUCUUUGUAUACUUUUAUCAAUAGCACUCUUGUAGAACGGAUGACAGUAUUUUCUGUGUAUAGAUUAUAUAGUCUUACACUUAAAAUGUGGGGCCAGCUGAAAUAUCAACUCGACAAAUAAUUAUCAUUCAGAGAAAAAACUUUCGUCACAUUGCAAUGCAAAAAUUGCAUUGUGUUCAAUACACUGUAUGCACAUGGGGCUUUUUUUCCACAGUUGUAACAUUGUAACUUACAUGAAGAAUUGCAUGGCCUAUCGUGGUUGGAAUUGAUGGAAAAUAAGGGAUUAAAAAUGGCAGUGCUUUGGCCGCUAUUGGAAGCCUCUGGAAUAAAAAGUGUGUUGUUGAAACAUCGGUUUAUUUGGCAUGUACUUUUUAUUUUGAACAUGUAGUGAUGGAGAGAGAUGUAUUGCGAGAAAUGUAUCGACUAAUGUGACAAUAUAGCCAUGCCUUUAUCAUGCUGAGUUGUGUACAUUGUUACUGCUGUGGAAAUGCAUUAUUUUCAUACAUAUUGAGGUGUAUAACUCUUGGCUUUGAAUCUGCAUGUUUAAUCCCUAUGCAUUUUCUGGAUUUGUGUACAUACUAUGUACAUACAUUUCCGAAUAAAAUACAAUUAAGAACGG